AUGUUUGUCGGACUUACGGGUACACUAGCUUCUGGCAUUGAUCGGGUUGCUGGAUACCUUGUUAAUGAACUGGGCUUUCGUCUUCUUACUCUUAAUGAUGAUACUCCUGAUCGAUCUGUUGAUUUGAACUUGUUCAGAAGCUUUGAGACCAUUACUGAGUUGUACAGUUUUGCUACUAGUCAUUGGUCUGAAAACUUUGUUAUAAUCAAAGACCUCACUUCUUCUGAUUUGGAGAAGUUUCUCAAGAGACCUUUUUUCUUACUAGUAUCUGUGGAUGCUCCGAUAAUUUGCCGAUACGAGAGAUACAGGAAAAGUCAAGUAGACAAAACUCUGACAUUGGAGCAGUUUAUAUCGAAAUCUGAAGGAUUGAAGUAUGGAAAUGAUUGUAGGUUACUUCAGAAUAUUGAAAAAGCUCAUCUUAAGCUCAUCAACAACUCGCGGAACCAGGAAUCUCUCUAUAAACAGCUCGCAGCACUAGAUUUCAAAGACACGGAGAGAUUGAGACCUGCCUGGGACUCCUACUUCAUGUCUUUGGCGAAUUUGGCAGCACUUCGAUCUAACUGCAUGAAGAGAAGAGUGGGUUGCGUGAUUGUACGUGAAAAUAGAGUUAUUGCUACGGGGUAUAACGGUACUCCUAGAAAGUUCAGAAACUGCAAUGAAGGUGGAUGCCCUAGAUGUAAUCAUGGAGACUCUAGUGGUGUUGGUUUAUCCACGUGUUUGUGUUUACAUGCCGAGGAAAAUGCAUUAUUGGAAGCUGGUAGAGAUAGAAUUGGCUCCUCUGCCACCGUUUACUGUAAUACCUGUCCCUGUUUAACAUGCUCUAUAAAGAUUGUUCAAACUGGUAUUCAUGAGGUGGUUUAUUCUCAGAGUUACUCGAUGGAUACUUUAAGUUCAAAAGUGUUUAGACAAUCGGGCGUAAUAAUACGACAGUUCAUUCCUGCGAAAAGUGGAAUUGUGAUUAUUGAUUAG